CCGUUCUGGCUCGAGUUGUCCAGUUUGCCGGGCGGCCUCGGGCGCAGCCCCGCGCACUGGCAUGGCCGCCGCGCCAGGGCCCUCGAUCACCGGCGCUGCCCACGGCAUGGGUCUGGCAGCGCAGGCUUUCGGCGGGCGGCGCGGUCUCCUGGCGGCGGCGGCGCUGGCCACGGCGCCGGCGCUCCGGGUGCUGGCCAGGGAAGGCCUGGCGGGGGCCCUGGCCGCGAGGGUGCUCAUCCUGGCGGUGCGGAGCGUCGCGCCGCUGGCGGCGCUAGCCACGUGCUGGAGCUCCCUGAGCUUGGCGCGGCGCGCCUUGGCUGGCAGGGGGGCGCUGCGGCGGCUCCUGCUCCAGGCGGCGUCCGUGUGGAUGCUGGCGGAGACGCUGUUCUGGGCGUACAUGGAGUCGUGUCGGAGGUACCUGUGCUCCCAGACGAACCGGCGGUGGCAGGCGGUCGCCGUGCACUCCACCGCGGAGAAGAAGAGGAGGUCCCUCGACGGUGGCUGCUGUCGCUGGCGCAGGUCUGCAGGCAGCACGACGCGGGCGACUCCCCCAGGCGGGGCAGGGCGAGGGCGCUGCAGGACGCGGGCGGCUCGGCGCCCUCGCUGAAGCCGGCGUCCUCGGCCCACUCGCUGUCGAAGCCCGUGCACGGGCAGAAGCUGAGCGCCGCCAACCUGCUCGGCCUGGGGGGCAGCGGCCACAAGCUGAGCGCUGCCAACCUGCUCGGCCUGGGGGGCGGCGGCAGGGAGCAGAGCGUCAACGACAUGCUGAAGAUGUGGGAGGGCAACGGGGACAUCACGGAUGCCGACCUGCAGCUGGCCAAGUGGACGGACCUUGCGAGUUUCUUCUGCGGCGAGGGCAAAGGGGAGGUCAGCGACAUUGCGGCCUGGCUACGGCGCGGGAAUCUCGAGGACUGGGUAUCGCAUUACUGGUUUCGGGGUGCCCACGCGGAGGAGCUGAAGCAGAGAAGCCCGAACGAGGGGGCGGAGCUCUCGGGGCUUGUCAACCUCGUUUUGGAGAACAUGGGACUUGACCUACAAGAAGGCCGCAACGACAGAGUUCAUGCUGUCCGGGUCUGGUCAGACCCACUAAAAACGCUCCACCGACCGUUGUUGCUGUACGUCGGCACUACUCUCCUCUGCCCUCUGAUGACCAUGCAGGUCAUGUCGAUGAUCGGCUUCCGCAAGGAGCGGAUCGGUGGGCUGACCUACUGGCAUCGGCUGCCUUGCUCUGGAGUGGAUCCCGCGGCUGAUAUCGCAGGGGCCAUGCAGACGCCCAUGGUGGUCGUGCACGGACUCGGCGUGGGACUCGUCCCGUACUACCUCUUCGUCCUGCGGCUGGCGAGGACGCACAGCGGCGACAUCUUCGUGCCAGACCUCCCCUUCCUCGCGACCGCGCCCUGGCUCAGCGUGCCCAGCCCUCGCGAGGUCGUGGCGCAGCUGACGGACAUGCUCAGGGCUCACGGCCACACGGCUGCUCAUUUUACUGGCCACUCGUUCGGCGCAGUCGUUGUAGGCUGGGUGCUCAAAAUGUCACCGAGCUCGGUGGUCUGCGUCACGCUGUUAGAUCCAGCCUGCUUUCUUGUGAUGAGCGCAGAGUGCUGCGUCAAGAUCUGUUGUGGCCCGGUCAACAGCGCCGUUGAGAUUCUUGCACGGUGGCGGAUUUCUGUUUUCAGGAGCUGUUUACUCAGAACCUUCUCACUCGCAACAACUUUUGGGAACAGAACCAGAUCUGGCCGGAAGACCUGCAUGUGCCCUCUGUGA